AUGACGACGAGCUUGAGCGCGUGCGCGACCCUGAUGAGACGCAGACGAUCGUCGUCGCACUCGUCGUCGUCGUCGAGAUCGUCGUCGUCGUCGAGAUCGUCGCGACACGUUUUGACGACGACGACGAUGAUGAUGCGAGGAGGACGAGGACGAGAGAAACGUGUAAAACAACGAGCAGCGGGGAAAACAAAGACGAAAGCGAAGAGUGACGACGACGACGAUGUGAUGAAACAAGACAUGAACGCGUCAAACAUCGGACAACCGAUCGACGCACCGAUCAAUCCAAUCACGGCGGAACCUUUGGUGAAAGGACAAGUGACCGCGAUCGUGACCGGGGUGAUUUCGGUCCUCAUAGCGGUCGGGUAUUUGGUCUUGGUGCAAGUGAUGGACAGUCGAGAUAUGGUGCCGCCGGUGGAAGAGGAAGCGUACGGGGACGGGUCAGUUCCAGCGAAGGUGGUCGUUUCCGCCGCGGAGAGUAAGGAGAAGAAUACUAAGAAUAACAACGCGAUCGAGUGGGAGAUGGUGGAGAUGGAGUGA